CUCUCCGCCUAAUCCUGCCCUCCGCCAGCCGGGUCCCCUCCCCACAGCACCACGGCUUCUCUUCCUCAGCACGGCGACAGGGGCUUCCCCUUCGCCGCCGCCGCCGCCGCCGCCGGCCAAGCUCCGCCGCACCCGCGGCCCGCGGCCGCCAUGCAGUUUAUGUUGCUUUUUAGUCGUCAGGGAAAGCUUCGACUGCAAAAAUGGUAUGUCCCACUAUCAGACAAAGAGAAGAAAAAGAUCACAAGAGAACUUGUUCAGACCGUUUUAGCACGGAAACCUAAAAUGUGCAGCUUCCUUGAGUGGCGAGAUCUGAAGAUUGUUUACAAAAGAUAUGCUAGUCUGUAUUUUUGCUGUGCUAUUGAGGAUCAGGACAAUGAACUAAUUACCCUGGAAAUAAUUCAUCGUUAUGUGGAAUUACUUGACAAGUAUUUCGGCAGUGUCUGUGAACUAGAUAUCAUCUUUAAUUUUGAGAAGGCUUAUUUUAUUUUGGAUGAGUUUCUUUUGGGAGGGGAAGUUCAGGAAACAUCCAAGAAAAAUGUCCUUAAAGCAAUUGAGCAGGCCGAUCUACUGCAGGAGAGUUUCUUUUCUUCUUGAAGGAUGUUUUUCCAGUGAAGAGGGGUUUCUCCCUAUGAAGAGUAUUCUCACAAUUAAUAGAUGGUAAUUUCUUACUUAAGUACAGUAAUAUGGAUCAAUGGCUAUAAAGAAUAGUUUGGCUUAUCAUCAACCCUUUUCUUUCCUAAAAGCAGUAAAAGGUGUGUCAAGGUAUAAGUGGUGGAAAUGCCUGGGUGGUCACAUUGAGAAUUGUUCCUGUAGAAUUGUUGGUGUAGUUCAUAGUCUCCUGGGGAGGAAUGGUUGCAUACUUCGCCCUAUUUGGGAAACCACCUCUUCUCUUUUAAUGAGCAUAAGCUCUUGAUGGUUGGUUUUUACAUGGUAUGAUAGAAAAUUAAGAGAGAAAAGAAAAAGAUGAUAAACUAUAACAUAAAGGCUCAAAGAACUGGUAUUAUUUAGGCAAAAGGUUAUUUGACAGACUUAAACUUUUCUUGUUCUCUCUCCAGAAAACAGAGACUAUGUAUCACAGCAAGAGUUUCAUUGGGUUUAAGAAAGCGUACUAGAAUACGUGCUGGAGUAACUGACAUGCAUCAAAAUGUAGUAGGAUAUAUAAAUUCAGUUUGUAAUGACAAUUUUGUCAAAUUUGUUAUUUAUAUUUUAGCAUUACCUGAAAAGUCUAAUUACAUUAAAUCCCAAGGGAUAGUCCCAAUUACUUCAUUAAACUGAUAUUUUCAUAGGGAAUUUUGCUUGGAUAAUGAUCCAUUAUUGGGGCUUAUUAUAAUUUAUUUUUUACACAGAAUACGGAAAUAGCUUCAGAGGUUCAUUGACAAAAAAGCAUUCAUUAAAUACUGUGAAUCACUAAUGCCAUUGAUACAGAAGAAUUUCCCUAUGAAAAUGAGAGCUUCUGUGAGAAAAUGAAGUAGUUGGGAGUUUAAUUUCUUAUUAAUAUGAUUUUAACUUGCUGCUUCAAUCCACUAUAUUCUGAGUUGGGGGAAAAGGGCAGCUAUCUCUUUAAAAUAUUUAGGAAUUCUUUGAGGAUUAAAAUGUAACUGGCUUUUGUCCUCACAUACGUUUGUAAUUAGUGGUUGUGUAAGUUUAGGGAUUUGUUAGAUAUUUUUCUUGGACCAGUUUACAUGAUUUUGUAGUUCAACAUUUCAAAGUUUCAACUUGAAUAAAUAUUAAAAUGAGGAUACUUUAAAGACACUCAAAUAAGCAAUUUUAAACUUGCUUUCUGGUGGGGAUAUAAUCCCUUUGAGAGUCCGAAGGAUGAUGGGCCUUCACCCCAGGAAAAUUUGUACAUCAUUUUGUUUCUACUUUCAGGGAACUCUCAGAGCCCCUAGAAGUCCUUCUGUAGACACUCAAAUCUGGAGAGUUCGUUAAAAUCUGUCUUGAGGAUUUUUUAAAAAGUAAUAUCCUCAGUCUCAGUCAAAUUCUUUGGAUUUUUUGCUUUUGUAGGUAUAAGUAAACAGUUAAAAACCUUCAUUGCUACUUAAAAUACCAGAUGAGUGACUACUUUUCCAGUUUUUAUUGGGAAAGAUUUUUCUCUAGGUUCUUUAGCUUAUGUAAUACAAAUGAACUAAUGAAUUUAAACACUGGUGGAAGGGGAAUAUUCUAAUUGAAUUUUCGGUCAACUCAGUAUUGACCAGAUGACUUACACUGAAAAUCUUUUCAUAAUAUUAGUAGUAAAUAUAGUGUUUUAGGAUUUUGUAAAAUUUCUGGAGGAUGUCUGUCACCAUUUUGAACACUGUAUGUAGUAAAGUUAGAAAAAAAAGAAUCUAAAGUCUUGGGCAUUGUUUAGAAGUUAAAUAUUCAGCCUUAAACCAAAGAAUGAAAGCAAACAGAAACUUAAGUUCUAGUUAUCUAUACUGUGAACUAAAUGUUCUAGAAAUCUGAUUGUGUCUGUGUCAGUUUGUAUACUGUGUGUAAGAAUAUAUGCAUUUCUUUUGUAGCCACGUCAUGAAUAUUUUAAUGUCCCUGUGUACUAAAUGACUACUCAUCGAGUAUGCAGAAUUUCACAGAGGAAAUAGAAUGCUGAUAUACAUAUGAAAGAAAAUAUCCUCAGCAUGGUGAUUUAUUAUCUUGUAUGAUAAUAGUAGAACAUUUCAGAACUAGUACUUUUAUGAUUGUAUUUUUUUCCUGUUCACAUUCCAAACUUUUCUGUUUUAUUUUCAUUCUAUAUGUGAUCUUGAUACAGCUCAUUCCUCUCUGCAACUGAUUUAAUCUCAUCUUGACAAAAUGUGACCUAGAAGUGUUUUGAGUAAUAUUAAAUCUUAAACACAUACAUAUUAUUAAUGAACCAUCUGUGAUUUAUCUUAUAAGAGGAAAACAUGACAAUCAUUAAAAUGUUUACCAAAGAAAAUAUAGCUGAAGUGCUAGGUCAAAAUAAGCAGUGCCAUAAUAUAUAGUGUGGUUUGGUCUUCAAAUAUUGAGGUUAAAAAAAGAAACUGUUUUGUGUGAUUAUCUUACAAUCUGUAUGAGCUAAUGUGUUCUAAUGUAUCACAUAAAAGUAUGUGAAAAUAUUACAAGAAACUAAAAUUAAUUUGUACCAUUAUAUAAUAUUUAAGGUUAAAACAUUCAGUAUUAAGAAAUUUUGUAGUGCCACAUUUAUUGAAUCACAUUUGUGCUAUAUAAUAAUAUCAAACAAUCCCUUUAAGAACUUAUUAGAGAGCUAUGUCUGAAGUCUGUUCUGCAAUAUCUGUUGCUGAAUAAUAACUCUUUCAAAGCAUUAAUGCUGAGUUUAUAUAGUUCAAAAAUUCUAAUAUUCAGUUUUAAUACCUAAAUACUUACAUUUUACUAGUGAUGGCAUUCUAAUAUAUUAAGUCCUCAUUUAAAUACUUAAUACUUUGUUAACUGUGGCAUUAUAUUUCUGAAUUUUAAAACUUCUAAUAUUGGUAACUAUUGCAUAUUCUUUUAAUAAAACAUGCAGCAUAUUUUUUUAUAAAAGGAAAACCAUUCAUUGUUUAUAUCUAGAGAGCAUAAAGCCUAAGUGAAGUAAGUUAUUAAACAAUAACUUCACAAGAUGUUCAAAUCGAUUUACCACUGAAAGAAGAUCUAUGAAAAUGUGUUUUGACCAAACUUAGUAUUAGGCAGGUACACAGAUAAGAUUUUCCAUUCUUAACAUUCUCACUGUAAUGCACUACAUUUGAAGCACCUGGAUGUGCUAUCAGAUGGGAAAUUUAGCAUUAUAUAUUGGAAGCAUUGAGAAACAUUGGUCUUUCAUUUCUAUUUUUCCCCUCCUUUCCUCCUCCUGCCCCACAAUAUGUUAUUCAUCUGGUUUUAAUGCUGCAUAAAUAUGCAUUGUCUCAUGCCUGUUUGUGUUGGAUGCCUUGUGCUAAGCUGUAACAAAAUGUUGCUUCUUUUGCUGUCUGUAUACAGCUGCUUGCUUUAAAUUAGUAGAUUCUGAAAUAGCUUUCCUUGCAUGUCUAAAAUAAAAGUAUUGCAUGUA